AUGCGUUCAACACUGAUGCGGCUGGCCACUGCCCAAGCUGGCAACAGCCUACGACCGCAGCCCAUGGCUCUGCUCCCGCCCAUCUUCUUAUACCGCCGUAUUCUGAGGGCUCAUAGAAAGCAUCUACCCGCGGAUAUGCGCGUGCUGGGCGACGAGUACGUCAAAGCCGAGUUCAGAGCUCACCGGAAAGUCGACAACCCGGCACACUUGGCAAGUCCCGAAUUACCCUCCCCUGCGUGCGAUUGUCCAAGUCCUGUAUCUAACAAGAUUGGCUUUCUUUCUGAGUGGCAGCUCUAUGCCCAGAAGAUCGAGGGUGACUCAUGGAAGGGCCAGAAGAUUGAUGAGACAAAGCUUGCCAAGAUGAGCGACGAACAAAUUCAGCAAUUAUAUGAGCUCUUGCAAGCCAUUCAGAAACACAAGGGGGUUCCUGGCGAUGAGGAGCCGCAGUCAUAA